AAAUGGCGGAAGCAGACGAACAAGUUGACACGAGCGACUGUGGGGACUGUGGAAAGGCGAGAAAACAGAAGAGAAGGUUACCAGAAUGGAUGAAAAACGUCGUUGUAGACAAGGAUCAUACCAAAAUGAAGAGAAAACGGGGAGGGGCACAGAAAGGUCAGACGACUCUUGUUACAGACCUCCCUGUCCUGAAGUUCACUGGUAACAUCGUGUAUUGUUAUCAGAAAGAUGACUGUUCGUUUAUGUGUGAAGACAUCAUGAGUAAUUCAACAUCUGGCCCCAGCUGUGUAGUAGGGUUUGAUAUAGAGUGGCCUGUGACAUACACUGCAGGGAAAGAAGAAAAGACAGCAGUACUCCAACUCUGUCCCUCUCACAACAACUGUUACCUGUUCCACCUGUCUUGUAUGUCUGGCUUUCCUGGCGGAUUGAAGAAGCUUCUUGAGACUGAAUCGAUGAAGAAAGUUGGAGUGGGCAUCCAAGGAGAUGUGUGGAAACUGUUACGAGACUUUGACAUACAGAUGAAGGGAGGGGUGGACCUCUCCAACCUGGCCAAUCAGAAAACUGGCAGUGCAGAAAUAUGGAGCCUGGAUAACCUCUGCAAACAUGUGUUAAAGCAAAGACUGGAUAAAGACCCAGGAGUCAGGAAGAGUGACUGGAGACAGUACCCUCUCACCCCUACACAGAAGCAGUAUGCAGCAGCUGAUGCUUAUGCCGGUCUUCUUCUGUAUAACAAGUUGACACAGACACGAGGAAAAGGUAAUACUGACACAAUGAAAGAAGCAAUAUAUAAAAGGCAAUAAAAACUACAAAACACAUCU